CUUUAGGACCAUCGGGGUGGUGGUGGCGGUGGCGGCGGCGUUUGUCGGCUCGGGAUGGGUCCAGGAUGUUUCUCCUUUUUCUUUUGUUGGGGUCUGGGCAGGGGCCCCGAAAAGUCGGGGCGGGUCAGACGUUCGAGUACUUGAAACGGGAGCACUCGCUGUCGAAGCCCUAUCAGGGUGUGGGCACUGGAAGUUCCUCAUUGUGGAAUCUGAUGGGCAAUGCCAUGGUGAUGACCCAAUACAUCCGCCUUACCCCAGAUAUGCAAAGUAAACAGGGUGCCCUAUGGAACCGGAUGCCAUGUUUCCUGAGAGACUGGGAAUUGCAGGUGCACUUCAAAAUCCAUGGACAAGGAAAGAAGAAUCUGCAUGGGGAUGGCUUGGCAAUCUGGUACACAAAGGAUCGGAUGCAGCCAGGGCCUGUCUUUGGAAACAUGGACAAAUUUGUGGGGCUGGGAGUAUUUGUAGACACCUACCCCAAUGAGGAGAAGCAGCAAGAGGCCCAGAAGAGGCGAUAUUCUCCAGGAGUCCAGCGGGUGUUCCCCUACAUCUCAGCCAUGGUGAACAAUGGUUCCCUCAGCUAUGAUCAUGAGCGGGAUGGGCGGCCAACAGAGCUGGGGGGCUGUACGGCCAUCGUCCGAAAUCUCCAUUAUGAUACCUUCCUUGUGAUUCGCUAUGUCAAGAGGCAUUUGACGAUAAUGAUGGACAUCGAUGGCAAGCAUGAGUGGAGGGACUGCAUUGAAGUGCCAGGGGUCCGCCUGCCCCGGGGUUACUAUUUUGGCACCUCGUCCAUCACAGGGGAUCUUUCAGACAACCAUGACAUUAUUUCCCUGAAGCUAUUUGAAUUGACAGUGGAGAGAACCCCAGAAGAGGAGAAGCUGCAUCGAGAUGUGUUCCUACCCUCCGUGGACAACAUGAAGCUGCCCGAAAUCUGUCUACGGGGUGCACAGAGGGAUGGAGAUAGUACCUGCCAUUAUGAUGCCAAGAUCACAGAAAAGAGCUUCACUGCCCUGGCUGCCUUGAUGUGGGACGCAGGACCCUUGUCCUUCUCAUUUAAAUCUGCAAAGAAUGGAAAAUUGAUAACUCCUCAUACCUUCCUGACAUCCAUUCAUUGGUUUUUGCUUUUUGUCUGAGCCUUUCUUCACCUGAGGAGCUCUCCUUGGAAAUCUGGAUGGAAACUUCUCCACUUUGCCUUCCUCUCCCUCUUAUUGUCCUCUCCAAAUGCAGCCUGAGCUUGAGAAGACAUUUUGUGCCUCUCUGUUGGGGUCUGAGGCUGCAGAACAAACAUAUUUCACUGACCCUCAUUAGGUGUCCAUAGGAAGAGUGCUUUCAGCUUUGGCUUGCUGCUCUAGCCUUUGCUUGUCAGUGUGGAUCCUGGUUCUGUUGGUGUGUUUGUGACUUUCCCAAUUAGGUACCAUUAGGCUCUUAGUCAUGUUUGGCUGGAAGUUGGUGUACAAGUCAAGAGAAUCUUGGAAGAUCUCAUGGAUAAAACAGGAAUAAUUGUGACACUAACCAGCUCCAGGUUUUGACACCAAAAGCAACGUUUGCCGUGUGAUCUGACCACAUGGAGAUGCUUCUGGACCAUCUGGAGCUUUCUUAGCUGCAUGUUUUGUGUCUGUCAUAAUCUUCGGAAUCCCACUUUGAGUGUUUAAAAUGUAAGGAAGAUUUCUUUGUAUAGCUGUGGCCUGGAUACUCCGCAGGGGGAAAUUUGGCUUCUUUUUCCUAAUGGAUAAGGAACAGCUGCUGUUCUCAUGAUGCAAACCUGCCAUCAAUAGGCUCUCAUCAUCCGUGCCUGGAAGCAUUCAUUGUCAUGGAGCAACAGUCUGAGUGCAUCCUCCAGGGGUCAGCCCUUACUCCACUGCCUUAUUUGACAAGGGGUCACACUCUGUUCUGCUCACCUGUCUGCCUAUGAUGAAAUCAGCUAAUAGAGGGCCUGCCCAGAACUUCUGUAGCCUAAGGGAAAUUCGUAAAAUGGCUGAUGGAAACAAAACACUA